GAGUUGUGAAAAGUCCUGCAGCCGACCCAUUGCAAGGCUUGGGUCGUUUAGAUGGAGCCCGAAUUGAUCCAACCAACUAGCGGAAACGGGUUUGACAGAGAGAAGGUUCUGGGUACUCGGAGUCCGACAAAACUACUCCCACUGCCAUUUCGUCUCAAUUUCCCGAUUCAUCCAACAGCUAAAACCGGCCCUUAUUGUUUUCGUUUCUUUCUUCUUCAUCAAGCAAUUCUUCUUCCUAUUCUCUUCUCGUUGCAUAUCUAUAUCUACAAAUUGAGUUAUCAGUUGAAGAUCGUUUAGUUUGAUUGUUUUUUUUUUUCAAUCCAGUUGCUUUUCCGGAUUCGCCAUGUCUUCCCCUGCUGAAUACUAUAAGUCUCUUCCACCUAUAACUAAAGCUUAUGGGACUGCGUGCUUCUUGGUCACCGUUGCAUGUCAACUUGGGAUACUCAGCCCUGGACUAAUUGCACAUGUGCCUUACUUAUCAAUCUUUCAUUUCCAGGUGUGGCGACUGAUUACCAACUUCUUUUUUCUUGGAAAGUUUUCUAUCAAUUUCGGGAUUCGCCUCCUGAUGAUAGCAAGAUAUGGAGUUCAACUGGAAAAUGGACCUUUCCAGAGACGCACAGCUGAUUUCUUAUGGAUGAUGUUGUUUGGUGCUUUCUCUCUAUUGGUUUUAUCUUCCAUACCCUACUUCUGGUCGCCGUUUCUAGGGAUAUCUCUUGUUUUCAUGCUUCUAUAUCUCUGGAGCAGAGAGUACCCAAAUGCCACCAUCAACAUAUAUGGUCUUGUGGCUCUUAAGGCAUUUUAUUUGCCAUGGGCAAUGCUCUGCUUAGAUGUCAUCUUUGGUUCUCCAAUUGUACCAGAUCUAUUGGGUAUUGUAGCUGGCCACCUUUAUUAUUUCCUAACAGUGUUGCAUCCGCUUGCUGGUGGGAGGAACAUAUUGCGGACGCCUGCGUUGAUACAUAAACUAGUUGCGAGGUGGAGAAUUGGUGCUCCAGUCAACAAUGUACCUCAGCCUGACAGAACCUCUGGUGUGGCAUUCAGAGGAAGAUCUUAUCGGCUUGGUGGUUGAAAGUUCUUUACCAACUCUUCAGCACUACAGGAAGUUUUAUUGUGUAUGUUGAUGCACAUAUUCUGGAAACUGCUGCCUGCAAAAACGGUGAGCAUUUUGAGCCAGCAAAGUCAGACGUAUGCCCAAAUUUGGUAUCUGAGUAGCAGAUACCUUGACUUUUAUUCAGUACUUGAUUUUCAAGGAAACAAAUCAUACAAUAGAAAUGUCCAGGUUAGACUAAUGCAUUUUAUAUGGGGAUAAAUGUAUCUGGUAAGACUCCCAGAAAUGGGUAUAUAUCAUUUGUGGGCAAACAGCCCGACUGGGAGCUCUGAUAGUGUUCCUUGAGGAUAAUCUGACGAUUUUCACUUUCUGUUCAGCAAGCCAAGAUUGCUUUUGGCUACAGGGAACUAGGGAUAAUGAUUUUGGCCGGUCUGGCCUCGAGUGACGUAAAACCCUUGAACAUUUAUGUUAAGUUUUUUCUGAACACCGUAAAUACUCCUCUUUUAUUACUGAAAAAAUGAAAUGUUACCAGAGUAAGUUGAAGUUCCGGGCUGGGGGAAGCUUGUAGGACGUAAGAAAAGAGAUGAAGAAGUUUAGGCAGAUAUCCCACUCUAUGCUUCGAAAAGAUGAUGAUGCUCCUCGUUAUGCAAAAAGGUCUCUCAUUCCGUUUGCCUUGCAACGAAAGAUGUGUCUUAUCUCUUGGAAUUUUGUCAAAUUCUUUUGGAUUGCAGUAACCCUGUGUGAUGAUUCACGCUCCUGCAAAUAGUAUAUAUUGCAUUUUGGAGUCAUAAAUGCAAGAGUUAUUCCAUUUUUCUUA